CCCCCUCUCCGUUUCCCACUUCGCCAGGCUCGGGAGUUAGGCCAGGCUAGGCCGAAAGAAAUCCCGAAGGCGGGCCCAGGCGUGAGGGAGCGCGCGGCCGGAUAUGAGCGGAGCGGCCGCUUCCUGUUUCCUCGCAGCCUCGCUCGACCGCCCCGCGUUUUGGGUGGUGGCCGUUACCUCAGCGCUCCCCCAGCCGCUCUCCGGGGACUGACUGCGCCCAGCUCCGUCCCUUCGGAAAAGGGAAGGGAAGGGAAAGGAAAGGCGGCGGCGGCGGCGGGACUUUCGCCUCGCGCCUUCUGCUCCUGCGCUCGCCGCACGCCACCCGCCACGAAGCUUCGCGGAUUCCUCGGCGCCCAGCCCGGAGAGCCUCAGGAGCCGGCGACGCAGCAGCUGCCCCGAUGCAGGCCAUCAAGUGUGUGGUGGUGGGAGACGGUGCUGUAGGUAAAACAUGCCUACUCAUCAGUUAUACAACCAAUGCAUUUCCUGGAGAAUAUAUACCCACUGUUUUCGACAACUAUUCGGCCAAUGUGAUGGUUGAUGGAAAGCCAGUCAAUCUGGGAUUGUGGGAUACAGCUGGACAGGAGGACUAUGACAGAUUACGCCCGUUAUCUUAUCCACAAACAGAUGAAGGAACGAAUGGUAAGGAUUUAACUCCCAGGGUGAAACAUCAGCCAUUCUGCGAUGUGUUCUUAAUUUGCUUUUCCCUUGUGAGUCCUGCAUCCUUUGAAAAUGUCCGUGCAAAGUGGUAUCCCGAGGUGCGACAUCAUUGCCCCAAUACCCCCAUCAUACUAGUGGGAACCAAACUUGAUCUCAGAGAUGACAAAGAUACUAUUGAAAAACUCAAGGAGAAGAAGCUGACUCCCAUCACCUACCCACAAGGCCUCGCUAUGGCAAAAGAGAUAGGUGCAGUAAAAUACCUAGAAUGCUCAGCACUUACACAGCGAGGUCUCAAGACAGUCUUUGAUGAGGCUAUCCGAGCGGUUCUUUGCCCCCCUCCUGUCAAGAAGAGGAAGAGAAAAUGCCUGCUGCUGUAAUGUUGCCCUGUCCCCCUCUUGGAACCUUCUGUGCUUUGCUUGGAACAAUGGAGCAUUCACAUCAAUGCCAAGUUCUUCUGUUUAAAAAUUAGUUUUCUUCCAUCAAUUUUUUGAACCAAUCAUCAAUUUCAUGUUCCCCUUUGUUUAAAAGGUUAGAUUCUUCUUUCUUCUACUAAAGAGAUCCUUAAAAAAAAGACAAACCUAUAUAAAAGCCUUAUUUUUUCCAAUUCCUUUCGCUCAGAUUAAUCAAGUGUUGCCAAAUUAUCUGCUCAUUACUAUGUUGCAUUGUUGUGCUUUGUUAUAUGGAGCACAAAACCUGUUUUUAAGUUAAACAGGUGUCUUUAAAGAUACUAACGUUUAUUAGGAAUUGCAGAACUUUAUAGUUUUUUUUUCCAGAUAUUGUAUCAGUAGGAAAACGCUGCUGUUUAAUGCAUUCAUCCAACUGAUGGUCAUAGCAUUCUUCCUCAUACCUGAAUAAAUGCAAUAAUUGACAAUAUACAGAUCCCCCUUUUUAAAUACUUUCCUGCCUAUUAAGAACUGUGAUUAACCUAUUUUCCUUGAAGUGUAUUGUCUUCCUUGACAGGAGUGUAUUAUAUUGGUGAAAGUUAAGUGGGUUGGUCAAGGGAAACUGCCCAACAGUAUUUUGACACUGUAAAGAUCAAUUUACACUACAUUGUGAACCAGCUAGUUAAACCUGAAUGGAUUUUCUUUUGUUUAAUAAAAAACACAGUAAAAUGAUACCUUCUGUUGCAACUAAACAGUAGCUGAAGGGAGGUUGGUGUUUUUAUGGAUCACUUGUUUGCAUUUUUCAAUAGGGCAUUUAUUUUACUACAAUUUGAACUGGUCGUUCCCUCACAUGUUCUCACUAGAAGCUUUUCUUGUAGAAUCUCUUCCUCCUGAGCAAUAUAACUUGUAUUUUAAAAACCUUCCUAAUUAUAUUUGCAUUUUUGUAGACUAGAAUAUUCAAACAUAGCCUUGUUUCUGUCUUUGUUUUUCCUUCUGCCCUAAUACUAUACAUGCUUUUGAGAAGUUUUCUUUAGUCCUCAGGUGACUUGGUGUAAAAAUCAUGUGCAGCAGAUAAACCAGUUCUAGUAUUUUUUUUCUCUUAUCUCACACCACCUGAAUGACCUUUCUCUAAUGUCACCAUUUGCCAGUAUCCUGAUGCUGUAACCUUACUAAUGCUGACGUUUCCCUUUUAACCUCACCGUGAACACGUACCUCCUGUUGGUUGAUUUAGUAAUGGUAACUGGGUCUGUGAGGUUCUGUAACCUAGUGCUAACAAUGUUCCAUACAUCCCAGACACUGGCAAGAACACAACUGAACUACAACCUUUCAACUACUAGAACAAAAAUAUAAAUGGAGUUUGCAAGAUUGUGAAGUUUUUACAUUGAUCUUUUUGGUAAUGCAAUUUAGCAGUAUGUUUUGCAUGUAUGACUUAAUAAAUUUCUUGAAUCACA